CUCAUGGCGUCUGGCAGCACCACCUCGGGUAGCAAGAGCCACAACGACAAGCCGAAGGAGAAGGGCAUAGAGGACGCGGUCUCCAAGCUCUUGGAAGGCUAUGACUGGACGCUGCUGCCCAUGACGCAGAAGUCGUCUCUGAAGCACCGGGCCCACAUCAAGCGGCCCAUGAACGCCUUCAUGGUGUGGGCGCAGGCAGCCCGCCGCAAGCUCGCUGAUCAGUACCCGCAGCUGCACAACGCUGAGCUCUCUAAGACCCUUGGCAAGGUCUGGAGAGUCUUGAGUGACGAAGAGAAGUUGCCCUUCAUUGAGGAAGCAGAACGUCUACGGUCUCAGCACAAGAAAGAUCAUCCUGAUUAUAAGUACCAGCCACGUCGCCGCAAGCCUCCGAAGAGCCUGUCAAGCCUCAUGGACACGGACCCAGGGGCGCCGCCUCUACCCUACCGCGUCCAGGGAGGACUGAUGGGAGGGGGUGGAGGGUACUGUCCUGGCGUGGGGAUGAGCAUGGCUCUCCCACCCUCCCACGCCCACGCUGCCCCGCCCACGCCGCCCAAGACUCCCCAGCACCAACACAACAUAAGGGUCGGGUCAUCUGGUGGUGGUGGAGGCGGGAUGGGUGAGCCGGUGGGCAGGAGUGACUGCAGCUUCGGCAAGAGCAGCUCCGUCGCCUCUGUCUACUCCAGGGACCACCACAACGCCCAUGUCCACUUCUCCAGCCUCGACGCCACCAAGGCACAGCUCUUCAGUCAGGCUGGGAACAGCAGUAGCGUGGGAGGUAGCAGUAGCAGCAGUCAGUACAUGAGUGACUCUAGCAGCCCGGGUGCCAGGAUGGAGGCAGCCAUGGCCCUCCAGGCAGCAAGGAACAACUUCUCACCACCGUCUUCCUCUGCUCCCUCAUUUUCCCCUCCGAACUCAUCUCCGGGGUCCUCGUCGUCAUCUACCUCUUCUGCAGCCUUCUUCAGGGAUGAUACGACGGCAAACAUGGCAGCCAAUCUCAUGCGACCAGCAUUCGGACAAGAACUUUUUCAGGGCCACAUGUUCGCAGGUUCGGCACAUGCCCAGGGAGCCAUGAACCUGCAGGGAGCUCAGUCCUUCUACCACUAUGGGGCUCAGGGGCUCCACCCAUACUACAUGACUCCAAGAUAACCUUACACGACCCCAGGGUAAACUUUCGUGGCUCCAACAUAUCUUAAAUGCAUCCACAAGACAGUCUCCAAAAAGUCUCCAUGAUGACUUGAUGGUCACAUAGUGAAGGUGAUCUGGACUCAAGAUGGGCAGGUAAUGUCCCAAAUUUAACCCAAGUUGACCUUGGGUAACUUGAGUGUCAAUACAACACCAUAAUGGCCUCAAAAAGAGUCACGGUGUCAAACUAUCAUUGCAACACCACAGAAUCAUCUAUCAUCAUCAUUGGAAGGUAUUUGAAUACCUUUUUAUAAUUACUGUAUAUACCCAUGGGUGUCUUACCUGGUUUUGCUAAGCAAUUGAAUAUUAGAAUGUUAAUGUAGUUUUUAUCCUGUUUCCAGAAGCCUUUUAUUUGUAGAAUUAUGACAGAUAUUAUCUGGAACUUAAUUUUAGGUACAUUUUUACCAGAGAGCUUGUCAAUUUUUCAAUGAUUUCCUUUAGGAAGAGGAGUUGUGUCGAUUAUUUUAUAUAUAAAUUCUCUGGCAAGAACAGGUCAGUGAUAUGGAAAAGGUACACAAGAGUCAGGUACACAACAGUGUGUGUACUGCUACACAGAUACAUAUCUUUACACAGUGUUAUAGAUAUGUAUCUGUUCACAAAGUUUCACAGAGGUCCUUAGCUCUGCUUCUUGAUGGUACAUAGAAAGUGGUCUAGGACUGUAUACAGAACCUUAUUUUUACUAUGGAAAGCAUGUCCAGAAUACAGAAUUCUGAUGUGAUCAAAUCAAAAUAAAAUGCUGGGGAACCCAAACUGAGACUCUUCUCAUUUAAUGAUAUAAAUUUUUAUGAAGACUAAUUGGGAAAAGAUAUUUAAUGACAUGGAAACAAUUACUGUAGUACUGUAUCUAGAAAUCAAUUGCUAAAUAUGUUGCUAUUGUAGUACAAGUAGGUUGACUAGUAUUGGUGGCCCAUGAAACACUACCCCCCCCCCUUCUCUAUUAUACAAACUACAUUCUUACUAGAGCACCACUAAUAAGGUCAGGUCUGCCACACACGCGUACACUGCAUAUCGUUAAAUGCAGAGCAACAGUCGAACCUAGCUCCACCGAUGACACAACUUCUAAUCACCAUAACAAAAAAUUAAUAAUUUUUUCUUUGCUACAUUGUUUUUUACGAAUGAUGUCUUUAUUGCAUACAUAGCUUCUUGGUUUUCAUUUAGGAUUGUGGUUAGUUAUGUAAAACUAAAUGUUAAUAAGGCAUUGGCAUUAAUUUUUACAUGUUUAAUAAAAAAUAUAAUUUAGUUAUGAAAUACAUAAUUUUAUUUAAACUGAAAAUAGUUAUACUGCUAUACAUUUACUAUUGCACCUCCACCGUGCUCUGGGAAGAGCACAUACAUAAUGGUCUAGUACGUGGCCAGGCCAGAGAACCCUCGGCCAGGCAUGUAAUAUUGACAAAAAAUAGAUGAGGAAUUAGGUAUGGGAAUAGCUUAGUCAUUCAAUGGAAGUUUAAAUUGGUUUAAUUAUCUGAAGCAAAUAAAACUGUGAAAUUGA